GGCAGAGAGGGGCGCGCGGAGCGGCAGAGCCGGCUGCACCGCAGAGCUCGCUGUGCAGCCCGAGCUUCCCAGCGUCCGCUCGCGGCCGCGGUGCCCGCAGUGCCCGCGGUGCCAUGGCCGCGGCCGCCCUCCCGCCCCGGCCUCUGCCGCUGGCCCUGCUCCUGCUGCCGCUGUUGCUGCUUCUGCUGCGGACCCGCCCGGUGCUCGCCGACAGUAAGGUGUUCGGUGACAUGGACCAGGUGCGGAUGACGUCCGAGGGCUCCGACUGCCGGUGCAAGUGCAUCAUGCGACCGCUGAGCAAGGACGCGUGCAGCCGGGUGCGCAGCGGGCGCGCGCGAGUGGAGGACUUCUACACGGUGGAGACAGUGAGCUCCGGCAGCGACUGCCGCUGCUCCUGCACCGCGCCGCCCUCCUCGCUCAACCCCUGCGAGAACGAGUGGAAGAUGGAGAAACUCAAAAGGCAGGCCCCAGAGCUCCUCAAGCUGCAGUCCAUGGUGGAUCUCCUGGAGGGCGCUCUGUACAGCAUGGACCUGAUGAAAGUACACGCCUACGUCCACAAGGUGGCCUCCCGGAUGAACACGAUGGAGGAGAGCAUCAAGGCCAACCUGAGCCAGGAGAACGAGGUGGUGAAGGAGAGCGUGCGCCACCUCAGCGAGCAGCUGAAGAGCUACGAGAACCACUCAGACAUCAUGAUGAGCAUCAAGAAAGAGCUGUCCAGUCUGGGCCUCCAGCUGCUGCAGAGGGAUGCGGCUGCUGUCCCUGCCGCUGCCUCGGCCACGGGCCCUGGUAGCAAGGUCCAGGACACAGCUGGAGGGAAAGGCAAGGAUACCAACAAAUAUGGCGGCAUGCAGAAGAGCUUUGCAGACAGGGGCCUCCCGAAAGUGCCUAAGGAGAAGCUGCUGAAGGUGGAGAAGCUGAGGAAGGAGAGCAGCAAGGGCAGACUCCAGCCCACAGCCAAGCCCCGAGCUCUAGCCCAGCAGCAGGCUGUGAUCCGGGGUUUCACCUACUACAAAGCAGGCAAGCAGGAGGUGACUGAGGCCGUGGCUGACAACACGCUCAAGGGCACUUCCUGGCUGGAGCAGCUGCCACCCAAGGUGGAGGGCAAACCCCCCGAGGCCAACUCUGCAGAGUUGGAGCAGGACGAUGCUGCCCCAAGGGCUUCAGAGGAAGUUGACCUGGGCCCCAACACCCGUGCCUCAGACCCUGCCACCACCUCCACCACCCCAGCCCCCACCACCAGACCCCUGCCCACCGAGGCUCCUUCACGCCCAGAAGCCCCCAGCCAAGGCAGGGAGGCCACCUGUGAGGGUACCCUCCGGGCCGUGGACCCCCCGGUGAGGCACCACAGCUACGGGCGCCAUGAGGGGGCCUGGAUGAAGGACCCUGCAGCUCAGGAUGACAGGAUCUACGUCACCAACUACUACUAUGGAAACAGCCUGGUGGAGUUCCGCAACCUGGAAAACUUCAAGCAAGGCCGCUGGAGUAACAUGUAUAAGCUGCCCUACAACUGGAUCGGCACUGGCCACGUGGUGUACCAGGGCGCCUUCUACUACAACCGGGCCUUCACCAAGAACAUCAUCAAGUACGACCUGCGGCAGCGCUUCGUGGCCUCCUGGGCGCUGCUGCCCGAUGUGGUCUAUGAGGACACCACACCCUGGAAGUGGCGCGGCCACUCGGAUAUCGACUUUGCCGUGGACGAGAGUGGCCUGUGGGUGAUCUACCCCGCCGUGGACGACCUGGACGAGGCUCAGGCCGAGGUGAUCGUGCUGAGCCGCCUGGACCCUGGCGACCUGUCGGUGCACCGGGAGACCACGUGGAAGACGCGGCUGCGACGGAACUCCUAUGGGAACUGCUUCCUGGUGUGUGGCGUGCUGUACGCCGUGGACACCUACAACCAGCAUGAAGGCCAGGUGGCCUACGCCUUUGACACGCACACGGGCACCGAAGCUCGGCCACAGCUGCCCUUCCUCAACCAGCACGCCUACACCACCCAGAUCGACUACAACCCCAAGGAGCGGGUGCUCUACGCCUGGGACAAUGGCCACCAACUCACCUAUGCCCUUCACUUUGUGGUCUGAGUGGGGACCUGGGCUCACAGGAUGGAGCAGCGGUGGGCAUGGGGUCUCCCCCCUGCAACUCCUGCAACUCACUGUCAGCAAAUAUUUCUUGGAGUAUCCCAAGCUGGGUGCUGGGCCUACAGUAGCAGCCAGGAGAGCACCUCCUCAGCACCUAGCAGGUGACCCUUGAUUCUUUGUGCCUAGCACUGUGCCAGGCGCUUGACAUGCACUUAACCUUUUAAUCCUCCCCACGCCUCCCUUGGAGUUCGAGAUCAUUAAGCCCAUUUUGCAGAUGAGAAGAAUGAGGCCCAGAGAAACAGCAACCCAGCUGGGAUCAGGCAGGCUGUGUUCUUACUCUAGCCCAUUUUGUAGAUGAGGAGACUUCACCAAGCUCUCCCCCACCUCCAGCCCUCUCCCCUCAUUUCCCCUGUCCACCCAACUGUCUCCCUUCCCAGCACUGCACAAAGUCAGAUAGGCCUUUGGGGCCAAUGCACUGGUGUCCACCAUCCCAGGCCCCUGUUCUUGUUGAGCUGCUGGUGGCCUUGGGCUUUGGGUCCCUUGGCCAAUGUCUCUGCUUCUUGCCUUUAGCCAGCCCUCCCACCUCACCCCACCCUCUGCUCAGCCACAUUCCGAACCUCCACCGUCACCUAGCCACCGAGUAGAAACCACACCCCAGGAGAAAUCCUGGCGGCUGUUCCAAGGCCCCUCCCUCAGGCACUCACUUGUGUUCUCCCUUGUUCUUCACCAGCGGCAUGUGUUUCUGCAGCAGCUGGGAAGGGCCCAGGCAGCUGCCUGUGAGGGUGGGGAGCUGGCCGAGGCCCAUCCACUCACCCAAAGCACUGGCUUCGGCCUUGGGUCCCCUUCCUGGCCCCUCCCUUGGGGUCUGGGGUCCUUUCUCUCUGGGCCUUCAAAGCCACAAGCUAUGCACACUCAGGGAUACCUCCAGGUCUGCCAUGAGCAAGGCCCUCAGCCCAGGGGCUGGUCCAUAAUGGCCCAGGUUCCCUCUUCCUUGUCAGUCCUGGCCUGGUCAUUGCUGGGCAGACACGUCUGAGCAGCGAGCUUUUCCUGGCUUCAAGAUAUUGGUGCCAGGGCUGCCCCACGUCCGGGACUUGGGGCUGAAGAUUCACUUGGUCAAGUGACUCCCCAGAGCCUUGGACCUGGGCAGCCCAGACCUUUAAUCUACAAGACCUUUAAACCUGAAGCUCAUUGGCUUCACACAGUAAUCUUAGAGCUGGAAAGACAUUCUAUAGCCACUUAAAGAAACUCCCUUUUUUGCUAAAAAAAGAAAAUAGGUCCAGAAAGUUUUAGAAGAUGGCUUCAAGGCACACACAGCCAGUCUCCUUCCAAAGGGCUUUGUCUCGACCUUUUAUUCUCCUGGCUUGGAGGCAGCUCUGCCUGGGAAGGCAAAGACUCCAGCACCUUGAAGGUACCCGCUGCCAAUCCCGACAGCCCCUGGACCUGCCCUCUUCCCUGCGCCCACCGGCCAGCUCCCUGCAUAUCGGUAGGUUUGAACACCCAGCUGCCCUGUUAGAAGUUCAGCUGCCUGGCCAAGAGGGCAAGGAAAUGGAUUUUGUGCAGAGUACAUCUCUCCCUCCGUCAUCAGGUGAUUUGCUUUGCUUAAGCUAUAAUACACCCUUGGAAUCAAGGGGGACAAUGACACCCAGCCAGGCCAGGUGUGACUCAUAGAGGAGGACACAUCCAGCCUCCCCACCCAACUUACAGCCUCUUCAGAGGGCUAUGGGCCUGGCCUUUGCUUGGCCCUGGGCGUGGGUCUUCCAAGGUUGUGUUGUGACACUGUAGUCCACCCACGCGAGACUCAUUGAGGCCCUAUUUCUUCAUUAGUCUGAGACCAGACGGGUUUUGAAAAAUUAAACGACAAGCAGCCUUGUUUUCCAGGGGGCAUGAUGCUGGUCACAGUCCCCAUAUACACAACAGUCCCUUUCUGUUUUCAGCUUACGUGCUAAGAGCUUACAGCUCUUUUCCUCAUUUACAGACAGUCACACUGGAGUCCAGAGAGGUUAGGCCACUGGUCACAUAGGCAACUGAGGGGAGAUUCAGUGUUCAGAGUCGGGUGAUAGAACCAAGCCACACGCAGGACCUUGCGUCCUCCUGACAGUGGAGAUAAACACUCUGAAUGUGCCCAUUUUAUAGUUGAGGACUCUGAGGCAAAGGGACUUACCCAGAGUCACACAGCAGCUUAGCCUCUGGCAGACUUGGGGUUUCAGGACUGGUCAGUACAUGUUCUUUGCCACCUGUGGCCACUCUAAUGCCAGCACCAGAAGCAGUGGCCAUUGCUCUCAUCCAGUGUGGCCAGGAGAGAAGCCACAAGAAGUGGACUGGGGCCAGCUAGUACAGAACCUUGCAUGCCAAGCCAGUUGUGUCUGGAGCAAAGCUGAAUUUAAAUUGACAGAGAAAAGGAAAAUCUAAGGUGGAUUGUAAUUGGAUUUUUUCCUGUCUGCGAUGGAAGGUAGGGAAGGAUGUGUGGGGGGGAACUGGAAGCAGUCCGUCUCCGCCAACUUGGAGGCUCUAAAGGAAACCUGACCCCAUCAGAUUUUUUUUUUUAAUCAAUCUUGGGCUUUAUUACAUUUGGCAACAGGUACUUCAAACAAGGAAGGGCCUGGACCAGGGAGGGCCAACACUUCUUACUGACCUUGGCUGUGAAGCCAAAGGAAGCUGUCUCGUGUUUCUGAACAACGUGAUGCAUGAAGGGGCUUUGGCUGCUGCCUUGGAUUCCUCCCUCGUCGUUUCCAGAUCUUAUUUUUUAUUUUUUUUCCCAGUGCUAGGGGUAGAACUAGGGCCUGGCACUUGCUAUGUAAGUUCUCUAUCACGAGGCCACACCCCAGUCCCCAGGCUGUCUCCGGGGAGGAAGGAAGAGGGCUUCUGUCUUGGAGACAGCGGCGCAGAAGGUGAGGCCAGGCAGUUUCCCAGGGAAAGAUUUGAGAGCACCUGAAAGCCCGUGUGUUCCAGAGCAGCUUUUGCUCCAUUGGAGAUGGCUGUGGUCUCAGAAGGACACAGCACUGUGUGGCCGUCAGAGACGGGAAUUAGUUAAGGAGGUCCGUCUGGAACCCAGCCUCACCUCCGUGCCACAGGUAGGGACGUUAACUCAUACAGCUAAGGACCUGUGACUUAGUGAGGACAGAGGGCUGCAGAGGACCCAAGCAGCUUGACAGGCUCCGUCACUCAUCCGCCCAGGGUCUCCCAGGUUGGCAUCAUCUCCCCUUUACUGGGUGAUGAACCUCAGGGUCAGAGAGGUCAGGCAAUCAACUCAGGGUCAGUUUCCUAACGAGUAGAGAGGCAAGAUUUGAAACAGGUCUGUUUUUAAGCCAAAACCCCAAAUUAACUGUUGUUAGGAAUCUUGUAACUAGUAUGUUUUCUUCUUGGUUGUGGCUCUGGAAGCUCAAAGUCAAAUUUGAGAUCACUUUUAACAACUGUACUGAAUCUCCUGCUGGACCCUCUCCAUUCUGGUUUUCCGCAUGUACCUUUACCCUGAUCUAAUCUUUAUUUUUAUUCUAUCGUAUUUUAUCUAUUUUUGUAAGUUGCCACAAUACCUUUUUUUUAGUAUUAAGGUGGCCUAUGUAUAAAUAAAAUCCUUGAUCCGAAGCUUGACUUAAAAGUCUUAACUAAAUACCGUGAUCUAG